AUGCAUCCACCUCUAUCAGCUCAUAAACAUCCUGAUUGCUAUGAACUUAUGAAAGAAUUAGAAAGAUGCCACGAAUCUAAUCUUAUUAGCCAUUUUUUUGGAAAAUGUAAUGAUUUGAAAAAAAAAGUCGUAAAGUGCUUAAAUCAAGAGGUAAUUGAGGCUUUUGAAAAAUAUUGUCUAUGCUUUAUUGGACAUUAAUUGUGAAAUUAGAGGUUAAGACAACAAAGAAAUAACCAGAGAAAAAAUAAAGAGAAAAUGAUAAUAUAAAAAAAUUCAAAUGAAUUUAAUUGAAAUCCAAAGUCGAUGAAUAAAGCAAUUAAUAUAUAAUAAAUAUAUUAUGUUUAUCAAAGUUUGAAAAAGAUUUUAAUAGCCGAAUUAUUUAAUAUGACAUAUUUGCAUAUUUCCUAAAGAAUAUUAGACAAACCAGUAAAUUAAUAAAAAAGCUUGAAUCGAAAAAGCUGUUUAGAAGAUGAACACAACGUUAUCCUCUAAGCAUAGAUUUAAGAAAAACACAUGAAUUGUGAAUAUAUAAAACUAUGCAUUAUUUCUUUUUACUGAAGCAUAUUUAUCAGCAUCAUAAAAACAGAUGAAUUCAUAAAUCAUGACUAAAUCGUUUGGA